AUGCUGCCCUUCCUGGCUGGCGCCAUUGCUCUCCCAUCCGAGAAGAAGACCAGUAAAGGUUUCAGCGUCGUUGCUAUCAACUCUGACUCUCCUGCUCACAACCUGAAAUUGGACGCUUCUUCCACCUACCUGUACCUAAACGGUGAAACCGACGUCUGGUGUCCUCCCGAAGUGGUUAAGGCUAGCGGCUGUCCUGGUGGUAAUAUCACUGUCCGAGAUGCCUCUGUCUUGGCCUCUGCGAACUACAUGUCCGCCAAGAUCCCCGGUGGUGAACACAUCUACGUUGACCGCACCGGUCAUGUCAGAUACACUGGCGGCAGCGACAGCGAUAUGGAGCCCGGUUCCUCUAUGAAUGGUUUCUCGCAGGUCGAGGGCGCUCAAUUUGGCGAGUGGAAGUACAAGGCCAACGGCGCGGAUGGCUUCCUGGCCUGCCCUUUUGCUGGUGGAAAUAAUAUUUGGGAAGUAUUUGUCAACGCCAAGAACAUUACCACCCGCCGGGGUGUGAGCCUGGAUGACUGCUACCCCUUCAAGGCCCAGACUACGCCCUGGGAGUCUUCUGAUGGCCGCGCCUUUGCUGUUUGGUCGUACACUUAA